AUCCAAGGAGCUAGUGCUGGAGAAUCAUGGUUCGUGUCAUAAGGCUAUAUACUCUACCCGUGUUUACUGAUGAGAAGACCACAAAUUCAAUUGAGACGGUGUUCAUGGAUGAACAUAGGCCAUAUCUUCUUCAAUCACACACAGAUCUCUCAACCAAUGCAUAUGCUUACUGGCCUCCACAAAUUGCCCAGUCCUUAUAAUAAAGUGAACAAAUAGAAAGUGGCUUCCCUCUUGUUGUUGCGCGAGAAUUCCUUCACGGUCUUCAACAACAGAAUUGGGCGGCAGCCCAAUCUAGAUGGCGGCGGCAAUCUGCACAGCGGUGCGAUCUGGACGGCGGUACUGUGUGGAUUACAGCGGCGGCGAGACCUGGCCUGUGGCGACUGGAUGCGGCGGCGCACCGGAUCAGCAGCUGCGAUCUCCUCGAACCAGCGGCGUCAAUCUGAGGACGACGACGACUCCUCAACACGGCGCGGCUCCUCAACUCGGCGGCGGCGGCAAGUUCAAUCUCGGAUCCGGACAGCUGCGACGGCGGCUCCAACCCUAGGCUCGGAUCGGCACGCCUGCGACGGUGGUGACAAGUUUUUUUUCUUUCAAUUUGUUGUUGAACAAUCUAGCUCUGAUACCAAUUGUUGGAAACAAUCUCUUUAUUAUAACUGGAAAAUAACUCAAAACCAAUUACAAUAAACUCUCAUAUGUUUC